AUGCUGAACGAAUCCCUGUUCCAACUUCCCUCCUCUCACCUGCUACUCCCUGUUCUCACCUCACUGUUCUCACCUCACUGUUCUCACCUCACUGUUCUCACCUCACUGUUCUCACCUCACUGUUCUCACCUCACUGUUCUCACCUCACUGUUCUCACCUCACUGUUCUCACCUCACUGUUCUCACCUCACUGUUCUCACCUCACUGUUCUCACCUCACUGUUCUCACCUCACUGUUCUCACCUCACUGUUCUCACCUCACUGUUCUCACCUCACUGUUCUCACCUCACUGUUCUCACCUCACUGUUCUCACCUCACUGUUCUCACCUCACUGUUCUCACCUCACUGUUCUCACCUCACUGUUCUCACCUCACUGUUCUCACCUCACUGUUCUCACCUCACUGUUCUCACCUCACUGUUCUCACCUCACUGUUCUCACCUCACUGUUCUCACCUCACUGUUCUCACCUCACUGUUCUCACCUCACUGUUCUCACCUCACUGUUCUCACCUCACUGUUCUCACCUCACUGUUCUCACCUCACUGUUCUCACCUCACUGUUCUCACCUCACUGUUCUCACCUCACUGUUCUCACCUCACUGUUCUCACCUCACUGUUCUCACCUCACUGUUCUCACCUCACUGUUCUCACCUCACUGUUCUCACCUCACUGUUCUCACCUCACUGUUCUCACCUCACUGUUCUCACCUCACUGUUCUCACCUCACUGUUCUCACCUCACUGUUCUCACCUCACUGUUCUCACCUCACUGUUCUCACCUCACUGUUCUCACCUCACUGUUCUCACCUCACUGUUCUCACCUCACUGUUCUCACCUCACUGUUCUCACCUCACUGUUCUCACCUCACUGUUCUCACCUCACUGUUCUCACCUCACUGUUCUCACCUCACUGUUCUCACCUCACUGUUCUCACCUCACUGUUCUCACCUCACUGUUCUCACCUCACUGUUCUCACCUCACUGUUCUCACCUCACUGUUCUCACCUCACUGUUCUCACCUCACUGUUCUCACCUCACUGUUCUCACCUCACUGUUCUCACCUCACUGUUCUCACCUCACUGUUCUCACCUCACUGUUCUCACCUCACUGUUCUCACCUCACUGUUCUCACCUCACUGUUCUCACCUCACUGUUCUCACCUCACUGUUCUCACCUCACUGUUCUCACCUCACUGUUCUCACCUCACUGUUCUCACCUCACUGUUCUCACCUCACUGUUCUCACCUCACUGUUCUCACCUCACUGUUCUCACCUCACUGUUCUCACCUCACUGUUCUCACCUCACUGUUCUCACCUCACUGUUCUCACCUCACUGUUCUCACCUCACUGUUCUCACCUCACUGUUCUCACCUCACUGUUCUCACCUCACUGUUCUCACCUCACUGUUCUCACCUCACUGUUCUCACCUCACUGUUCUCACCUCACUGUUCUCACCUCACUGUUCUCACCUCACUGUUCUCACCUCACUGUUCUCACCUCACUGUUCUCACCUCACUGUUCUCACCUCACUGUUCUCACCUCACUGUUCUCACCUCACUGUUCUCACCUCACUGUUCUCACCUCACUGUUCUCACCUCACUGUUCUCACCUCACUGUUCUCACCUCACUGUUCUCACCUCACUGUUCUCACCUCACUGUUCUCACCUCACUGUUCUCACCUCACUGUUCUCACCUCACUGUUCUCACCUCACUGUUCUCACCUCACUGUUCUCACCUCACUGUUCUCACCUCACUGUUCUCACCUCACUGUUCUCACCUCACUGUUCUCACCUCACUGUUCUCACCUCACUGUUCUCACCUCACUGUUCUCACCUCACUGUUCUCACCUCACUGUUCUCACCUCACUGUUCUCACCUCACUGUUCUCACCUCACUGUUCUCACCUCACUGUUCUCACCUCACUGUUCUCACCUCACUGUUCUCACCUCACUGUUCUCACCUCACUGUUCUCACCUCACUGUUCUCACCUCACUGUUCUCACCUCACUGUUCUCACCUCACUGUUCUCACCUCACUGUUCUCACCUCACUGUUCUCACCUCACUGUUCUCACCUCACUGUUCUCACCUCACUGUUCUCACCUCACUGUUCUCACCUCACUGUUCUCACCUCACUGUUCUCACCUCACUGUUCUCACCUCACUGUUCUCACCUCACUGUUCUCACCUCACUGUUCUCACCUCACUGUUCUCACCUCACUGUUCUCACCUCACUGUUCUCACCUCACUGUUCUCACCUCACUGUUCUCACCUCACUGUUCUCACCUCACUGUUCUCACCUCACUGUUCUCACCUCACUGUUCUCACCUCACUGUUCUCACCUCACUGUUCUCACCUCACUGUUCUCACCUCACUGUUCUCACCUCACUGUUCUCACCUCACUGUUCUCACCUCACUGUUCUCACCUCACUGUUCUCACCUCACUGUUCUCACCUCACUGUUCUCACCUCACUGUUCUCACCUCACUGUUCUCACCUCACUGUUCUCACCUCACUGUUCUCACCUCACUGUUCUCACCUCACUGUUCUCACCUCACUGUUCUCACCUCACUGUUCUCACCUCACUGUUCUCACCUCACUGUUCUCACCUCACUGUUCUCACCUCACUGUUCUCACCUCACUGUUCUCACCUCACUGUUCUCACCUCACUGUUCUCACCUCACUGUUCUCACCUCACUGUUCUCACCUCACUGUUCUCACCUCACUGUUCUCACCUCACUGUUCUCACCUCACUGUUCUCACCUCACUGUUCUCACCUCACUGUUCUCACCUCACUGUUCUCACCUCACUGUUCUCACCUCACUGUUCUCACCUCACUGUUCUCACCUCACUGUUCUCACCUCACUGUUCUCACCUCACUGUUCUCACCUCACUGUUCUCACCUCACUGUUCUCACCUCACUGUUCUCACCUCACUGUUCUCACCUCACUGUUCUCACCUCACUGUUCUCACCUCACUGUUCUCACCUCACUGUUCUCACCUCACUGUUCUCACCUCACUGUUCUCACCUCACUGUUCUCACCUCACUGUUCUCACCUCACUGUUCUCACCUCACUGUUCUCACCUCACUGUUCUCACCUCACUGUUCUCACCUCACUGUUCUCACCUCACUGUUCUCACCUCACUGUUCUCACCUCACUGUUCUCACCUCACUGUUCUCACCUCACUGUUCUCACCUCACUGUUCUCACCUCACUGUUCUCACCUCACUGUUCUCACCUCACUGUUCUCACCUCACUGUUCUCACCUCACUGUUCUCACCUCACUGUUCUCACCUCACUGUUCUCACCUCACUGUUCUCACCUCACUGUUCUCACCUCACUGUUCUCACCUCACUGUUCUCACCUCACUGUUCUCACCUCACUGUUCUCACCUCACUGUUCUCACCUCACUGUUCUCACCUCACUGUUCUCACCUCACUGUUCUCACCUCACUGUUCUCACCUCACUGUUCUCACCUCACUGUUCUCACCUCACUGUUCUCACCUCACUGUUCUCACCUCACUGUUCUCACCUCACUGUUCUCACCUCACUGUUCUCACCUCACUGUUCUCACCUCACUGUUCUCACCUCACUGUUCUCACCUCACUGUUCUCACCUCACUGUUCUCACCUCACUGUUCUCACCUCACUGUUCUCACCUCACUGUUCUCACCUCACUGUUCUCACCUCACUGUUCUCACCUCACUGUUCUCACCUCACUGUUCUCACCUCACUGUUCUCACCUCACUGUUCUCACCUCACUGUUCUCACCUCACUGUUCUCACCUCACUGUUCUCACCUCACUGUUCUCACCUCACUGUUCUCACCUCACUGUUCUCACCUCACUGUUCUCACCUCACUGUUCUCACCUCACUGUUCUCACCUCACUGUUCUCACCUCACUGUUCUCACCUCACUGUUCUCACCUCACUGUUCUCACCUCACUGUUCUCACCUCACUGUUCUCACCUCACUGUUCUCACCUCACUGUUCUCACCUCACUGUUCUCACCUCACUGUUCUCACCUCACUGUUCUCACCUCACUGUUCUCACCUCACUGUUCUCACCUCACUGUUCUCACCUCACUGUUCUCACCUCACUGUUCUCACCUCACUGUUCUCACCUCACUGUUCUCACCUCACUGUUCUCACCUCACUGUUCUCACCUCACUGUUCUCACCUCACUGUUCUCACCUCACUGUUCUCACCUCACUGUUCUCACCUCACUGUUCUCACCUCACUGUUCUCACCUCACUGUUCUCACCUCACUGUUCUCACCUCACUGUUCUCACCUCACUGUUCUCACCUCACUGUUCUCACCUCACUGUUCUCACCUCACUGUUCUCACCUCACUGUUCUCACCUCACUGUUCUCACCUCACUGUUCUCACCUCACUGUUCUCACCUCACUGUUCUCACCUCACUGUUCUCACCUCACUGUUCUCACCUCACUGUUCUCACCUCACUGUUCUCACCUCACUGUUCUCACCUCACUGUUCUCACCUCACUGUUCUCACCUCACUGUUCUCACCUCACUGUUCUCACCUCACUGUUCUCACCUCACUGUUCUCACCUCACUGUUCUCACCUCACUGUUCUCACCUCACUGUUCUCACCUCACUGUUCUCACCUCACUGUUCUCACCUCACUGUUCUCACCUCACUGUUCUCACCUCACUGUUCUCACCUCACUGUUCUCACCUCACUGUUCUCACCUCACUGUUCUCACCUCACUGUUCUCACCUCACUGUUCUCACCUCACUGUUCUCACCUCACUGUUCUCACCUCACUGUUCUCACCUCACUGUUCUCACCUCACUGUUCUCACCUCACUGUUCUCACCUCACUGUUCUCACCUCACUGUUCUCACCUCACUGUUCUCACCUCACUGUUCUCACCUCACUGUUCUCACCUCACUGUUCUCACCUCACUGUUCUCACCUCACUGUUCUCACCUCACUGUUCUCACCUCACUGUUCUCACCUCACUGUUCUCACCUCACUGUUCUCACCUCACUGUUCUCACCUCACUGUUCUCACCUCACUGUUCUCACCUCACUGUUCUCACCUCACUGUUCUCACCUCACUGUUCUCACCUCACUGUUCUCACCUCACUGUUCUCACCUCACUGUUCUCACCUCACUGUUCUCACCUCACUGUUCUCACCUCACUGUUCUCACCUCACUGUUCUCACCUCACUGUUCUCACCUCACUGUUCUCACCUCACUGUUCUCACCUCACUGUUCUCACCUCACUGUUCUCACCUCACUGUUCUCACCUCACUGUUCUCACCUCACUGUUCUCACCUCACUGUUCUCACCUCACUGUUCUCACCUCACUGUUCUCACCUCACUGUUCUCACCUCACUGUUCUCACCUCACUGUUCUCACCUCACUGUUCUCACCUCACUGUUCUCACCUCACUGUUCUCACCUCACUGUUCUCACCUCACUGUUCUCACCUCACUGUUCUCACCUCACUGUUCUCACCUCACUGUUCUCACCUCACUGUUCUCACCUCACUGUUCUCACCUCACUGUUCUCACCUCACUGUUCUCACCUCACUGUUCUCACCUCACUGUUCUCACCUCACUGUUCUCACCUCACUGUUCUCACCUCACUGUUCUCACCUCACUGUUCUCACCUCACUGUUCUCACCUCACUGUUCUCACCUCACUGUUCUCACCUCACUGUUCUCACCUCACUGUUCUCACCUCACUGUUCUCACCUCACUGUUCUCACCUCACUGUUCUCACCUCACUGUUCUCACCUCACUGUUCUCACCUCACUGUUCUCACCUCACUGUUCUCACCUCACUGUUCUCACCUCACUGUUCUCACCUCACUGUUCUCACCUCACUGUUCUCACCUCACUGUUCUCACCUCACUGUUCUCACCUCACUGUUCUCACCUCACUGUUCUCACCUCACUGUUCUCACCUCACUGUUCUCACCUCACUGUUCUCACCUCACUGUUCUCACCUCACUGUUCUCACCUCACUGUUCUCACCUCACUGUUCUCACCUCACUGUUCUCACCUCACUGUUCUCACCUCACUGUUCUCACCUCACUGUUCUCACCUCACUGUUCUCACCUCACUGUUCUCACCUCACUGUUCUCACCUCACUGUUCUCACCUCACUGUUCUCACCUCACUGUUCUCACCUCACUGUUCUCACCUCACUGUUCUCACCUCACUGUUCUCACCUCACUGUUCUCACCUCACUGUUCUCACCUCACUGUUCUCACCUCACUGUUCUCACCUCACUGUUCUCACCUCACUGUUCUCACCUCACUGUUCUCACCUCACUGUUCUCACCUCACUGUUCUCACCUCACUGUUCUCACCUCACUGUUCUCACCUCACUGUUCUCACCUCACUGUUCUCACCUCACUGUUCUCACCUCACUGUUCUCACCUCACUGUUCUCACCUCACUGUUCUCACCUCACUGUUCUCACCUCACUGUUCUCACCUCACUGUUCUCACCUCACUGUUCUCACCUCACUGUUCUCACCUCACUGUUCUCACCUCACUGUUCUCACCUCACUGUUCUCACCUCACUGUUCUCACCUCACUGUUCUCACCUCACUGUUCUCACCUCACUGUUCUCACCUCACUGUUCUCACCUCACUGUUCUCACCUCACCUCUCCCUCACUGCUCUCACCUCCCUCACCUCCCUACCUCUCUCCUCCCCUCACCUGGUAUUCUCUCAGCCACGGUUCACUCAGUUCCAAUGCCCAUUUCAACAAGACCCCUCUUUGUCUCACCUCGCCUCACUUGCCACCCCUCCCUCCUCUCACCUGCCACCCCUCCCUCCUCUCACCUGCCACCCCCUCCCUCCUCUCACCUGCCACCCCCCCCUCCUCUCACCUGCCACCCCUCCCUCCUCUCACCUGCCACCCCCUCCCUCCCUCACCUGCCACCCCCUCCCUCCUCUCACCUGCCACCCCCCUCCCUCUCUCACCUGCCACCCCCUCCCUCCUCUCACCUGCCACCCCCUCCCUCCUCUCACCUGCCACCCCCUCCCUCGCCUCUCCCCCGUCCCCUCACCUCGUAUUCUCUCACCCACGGCUCGCUCAGCUACGGAGCCAGAUGA